AUGGAUACUAAUAUCAAUCAAAAUAAACCGUAUACAGUUCAAGUUACCGACGAACAAAAUGUUCUCAUUAUACUGUUGGAAAAACUGACCAUUGCACAGAUCAAUAUAAUAGUCAAAUUGAAUGAAGUAAUUCCGGAUGCAUUAAAAAGAAAACGAGUUCACAUCACACAAAUGUUAAAUUUAUAUUAUCAAACGAGUUUUGAUCAAUCAGAUAUUGAUUUGAUAAUAACACUUAUGCAAGGUCAACCACAAUUGAAAGAAAAACUUGUGAUUGAUAGUUGUGCGAUAGAUGAAAUAGUGAACAAAUAUAGAACAUGUACGACAAUUGAUAACACUUCUCAUAUCAAUGUGAUAAACCUAAAACCAUUCACAACAGCUUGCAUUAAAUGCAAACAAUCAAUGAAAAUUGAAAAUGAACCCAAAAAUGUUACAUUAUUCACCGUCGAAUCUGUAAAAAGUUGUUCAAUUUUUAAAUGUACGUGUGAUACAUGUAAAAUUGAUUAUUAUUCAAAUCAUUAUGAAAAUAAAUACACAAAAAAAAAAUAUGUAUCAUCAACAGCAAUCAAAAAUAAUGAACAAAUAUAUUUUGGUGGUGAAACAGCAUUUGAUUAUAACCUAUUCAUUACAUAUUCAUCAAAUUUAAUAUAUUGCCACUCACCGUUCAACGGAUUUGUUCAAUCGUACGGUUGUACGACACAAACAAUUCGACAACGCAAUACCCAACAAUGUGACCAAAACAAUUUGAAAAAAUUAGAUGCAAAAUUAUUUCAAAACUCCUGGUUAAUUUUCGAAUUGUCCAGAUUUUUCUUUUUUAUGAAUAGUAGCGAUUAUUUUGAAAUACCAGCAUCUUACGAAGGUUUAAACAAUAAAUAUUAUUGUGAGUAUCAUCAACCGAAAUCUUCGUCAACUCAGCAACGACCAACAGAGUUAAAUACAAACACAAAUGAUAAUAACCAUAAUCAAUCAUUAUAUGAAGAAGCCAUAAAAAACAAUUCAAUUGAUAAUAAAAUAACUGAAAAUACUUAUUUAGAAUGUAAUGUCACGCGUGAUGAACAUCGAGAAGGAUCAAAAAAAUUAACAAGUUCCGGGUUUCUUGCCACAUUUUUCAACUGCGGCGUCAUUGUGGGCUUUGACGAGACCCCUCGUGCUGAGGGUAUACGUCGUGUACUUCGACAUCUAAUUCGCAGUCGCAACAAUGGUUAUUUGCCACCAGCCAUGCUCUAUGAUACAGCAUGCACUCUUAAACUUUUUAUCAACAAAUGGUUUGGCACGCAGUAUCUAACUGAGACGGAUAAUUCAAGAUUCUUUAAAAAUAUGAAUUUAGCUAUCGACCGCUUUCAUUUACCGGGACAUACGAGGGAGAUGUGCAGGAAAGAAAUGGAUCCAGAUAAUGCAUGCCAUAAUGGAGUCUUUCAAAAUAUAGACUCACAGAUCUGUGAACGAACAUUUUCGUACCUAACCAAUUUUAAACAUGCAUUUCGUCAAUUUGGUUACCCUAAAUCGGUUACAUUCUACUUACUUUUGUUUCAUCUUAAAAACUGCCAAACGAUUGGUAUCUCACCAGACAAUCAAGGUCUUGGUCACAAAAUUAUUCCGCCCAAAUAUCGUCGUUAA